UUUGUUCCAGGGGAGGAGGGAAACGGCUACAGGGCGGCCCAGCAGGAAAGGGAGGGGGGGGGUAGUAAUGUAUAGAAGGUUCUGUAGGAUCACUACUUGUAUGUACAGAGCAGCUCGGUGAGGAACAAUGGGCAAGACUGUCAGGGACCUGCUGCUGGAGACCCUGGAGGAUUUAGAGAAGAGCCAGUUGAAGAGCUUUAAGGGGAAACUGAAUGACUGGGAGGUCAAUGCCGGGUAUAAAGUGAUCCCUAAGUGUCGCCUGGAGACGGCAGAUGAGGAGGAUGUCGCUGAUCUCAUUAUCAGUUUCUAUACAGAAUCCUAUGGGAUUGAGGUGGCACAGGGGGUGCUGGCUGCUAUUGGGCUGAUGAAGGCCUGUGAGAAGCUGAAGAGGUGGUCACAAUAGCCAACAAGAGCUGAUGAAAGGGCGACAUCUACAGAUUGAGUUGUUCAGACCUCAGAACUAAGAUGCACUCGCGGGAGAAAUAACAGAGGCCUGGCAUUGUGUCCAGGGGAAGACUGAGGAGGGUGCACUCCUCCAGCAACACACUGGCCCAUUCCCCCAAUAACCAACAAAAAGUCUUUAUUUCCCUAGUACUUUCCAUUCUCACCCUCUUCCAGUGCAUCUGAUUGUUAGCUCUUCAGCCAGGUUUCUGGAUCUGUGGCCGAUUCCAUACAGUGAUGUCCCUUGGCCCAUCCCUGUUCCUCAUGGGAGGGACCCGCUCUUGUGGCACCCAUUGUUUUAUACUGACUUUUUUGUAAGAAAAAAAUCUAUUUCUGUAAAAAAAAUAAAGACAGAAAUGAA